GUCUUGCCGCCACCGCCGCGCUACCCUAGCGGGAACCUCUAUACCGGCUACCCACCCGGCGCCAUCAUCGAGACCAACAACACUCUCUCCAAGCACACCGGCUCUGAAUACCAGCUGCUCGUGGGUGAGGGUACCUAUGUCCAACGCGAUGAGCUUCUUCUGGCCACACCUCCACCUCAUCCCUCGGACAAUCCUGUGCCCAACACCAAUCCGCUCGCUACCACAAUCGCUCCUCCCACCCAGGGUACUAGACUCUCGCUAUGCAUAGUCGCUCCCAAAAGGCUUCCCGACAACUCUCUCGCCCGCACUAUCACCAACGGUAGCCAGCCCUCUGCUAUUCCAAGCGGUCAAGACGACCCUUUGACUCCCACGACCGACUCGGCCUCGUUCUUCAAGUCAUCUGCCGCUCCUGUCUUUGGAGACAACAACCCUGCUCUCGCUCCCAUUCCCAACAAGGACAACAAAGACCCCUCCAAGAGGCGCAAGCCCAAGAACAACAUCGUCAAGAGCAACUCCUCGUUUGUGUCCAGAGUCAUUCCCCACGAGGCCCUUCAGAAACGCCUCCAAGAACGUAACCCACAGGGCACUUUUGCUUUCUCAAACAUCAACAGAGCCCUUCAAUGGCUGGACCUUUCCUCCGACACAAAAACAGAGAACCUUACCAAGAUUUUGUUCACUAAAGCCCACGCCCUGUGUCACCAUGUUAACCCUCUCACAAAAAGCACUACCCACCUCGACGUCAUCUUGGGCUUCUCCUCGUCCGACAUUAUCUGGUACGAGCCUGUGUCUCAGAAGUAUGCUCGCAUCAACAAAAAUGGUGCUAUUAAUUCUUCUGCCGUCUCUUCCAUCUGGUGGCUGCCAAACAGUGAGAAUCUGUUCUUGGCCGCCCACAUGGACGGUACCUUGAUCGUCUAUGACAAGGAGAAGGAAGAUGCUCCNUUUGUGCCCGAACAGGAGAUCUCCGAAUCUGCUGACGGUCAAUCUGGUCCGGCGUCCUUUGUCAUCAANAAGUCUGUUCAGUCGCGUAAUCAAAAGACUAACCCUGUAGCUGUAUGGAAAAUCAACAACCAGCAAAUCAACUGUAUAUCCUUUUCCCCAGAUGGCAGACAUCUUGCUGUUGUGUCAGAAGAUGGCUCCUUGCGUAUCAUCGACUACCUCAAAGAACAGCUUCUGGAUGCUUUUACCUCAUACUAUGGCGGCUUGAUUACUGUGACGUGGUCGCCUGAUGGCCGGUAUAUCCUAACCGGUGGUCAAGAUGAUAUUGUUAGUAUCUGGUCCUUUGCAGACGCUACCUUGGUAGCCCGCUGUCAGGGACACAGUAGUUGGGUUACCGAUGUCAAGUUUGAUCCUUGGAGGUGUGACGAGCGCAACUAUCGCUUUGGCAGUGUUGGUGAAGAUUGUAAGCUCCUACUUUGGGACUUUUCCGUUGGUAUGCUCGGCCGACCGAGAGCAGUGAGUCGUAUCCUUAGCUCUUGUUCGCGAUGCAGUGUACUGAUCCUGGCUGCGCAGAUGUCGAUCAAGCACAGAGGCAGUGUGACUUCUAAUGCCAUCACGCGGAAAGAAACGAAUUCUACAGUCGGCCGUAUCAGAUCACAUUCGACGAUCUCAGAGGACGGAGAGGGUGCGACGAAUGGCACAGACGUGGUUCACGGCUUCAGAACAAAAGCGAGCACAGCCAUGUUACCGCCCGUCAUGGUGAGUCACGGAAACAAAUGUCGCUUCAGCAAUUUUGGUGUGAGUGCUAAUGUUGAGAUUGCAGUCGAAAAGAUAGACAACCAUCCGUUGAGCUGGCUUGAGUUUCAGGAAGACUGUAUCAUGACAGCGUGCAAAGAUGGCCACAUCCAUACAUGGGAUAGACCAAAGGAAGGAGCCGGAGAGAACGGACACAACUCCAGCGAUGCCGACAACAGCGCUAUCUGA